AUGCAAAUAUUCAGCAUCCUCGCAAUCUACAUCUUCGCCGCAUCAGCAUCCCCAGCCGUUAGGUCUCAUCCUCGAAAGCCGCUGGACCACGACUCCACCUUGAUCCAACACCACGAGCCACACGCGGCUGGCUACACAUGGCGCAGACGAAUGUACUCCCGCAAACGAGAUUACCCACCCCCUAAUUUGCCUGCCCUCAAAAUCCUCGACGACGGAAACCGCUACGGUAACGUGAUAAUCGUCAACAACUGCGAGGAACAACUCUAUCUGCACUCAGUAGGUGCAUGGUACGUGAACGGCACAAGUGGAGAUGACGAUACCACGAUACUCGCACCAAACGCCACACACUCGGAACCCUACCGCGUGACCUGUUUCGACAAAAAGAACGGCAACUGGGACUGCGAGGCACAAAACAAACUCGGCGGCCAAGGCGUGUCCAUCAAACUAUCUAGGAACGAUAAAGACUGGAGCAAUGUAGCGCAGAUCGAGUACGCUCUCGGCAUGAAUCCUGAAAAUGGCGAUCAUUUCAAACGUCUAUAUUACGAUAUUAGUUUUCUGGAUUGCGGAGCGCCGGAAGAUAUAUUCAUCAAAGACUCGACGGCAAAGACUGAGCAGAAUCAGAAGAAGUUGGACCAAUGCCCUGGAUACAAGGGCGGUGUGUCAGUGAUGUUUGACGGCGAUUCCAAUGGCACAAAUUGUAUGCCUAUAUGGUGUGAUUCAGACAUGCAGUGUCCGAUGGUGUAUAUGUGGGAUAGGACCAGGCCAAAGGAAGCAUCGUUCCAGUGUGAGCGAGAGUACAGGGCGAACAUGAGAGUCGAACUAUGUGCAAAUCGUGGACAAAACAGAGUUGACGACAGAACCAUAUUCGAUAGCUACACCGCCACGGCUGCUCACGAAGUUAUCUCAGCGUUCAAAUCAGCGACCAGAUGGGGUCCCAAUUCUGCUGCAGAACCCACACCAGCUCCCAAUACCGAGACGAACGUCAUCACUACGGUAACUACCACCACAAUAACCGUCACUGUCACCGGAUCAACACCAUCCUCGCAGACUUCCAAUCCCACAACGACUCAGUCAAUAAGAACGUUGACAGCAACAAAUACAACAACAAUAAUGAAACCAAGCUCCCAUGCAGAUUCUACCGUACUAUCGAGCAUGGCUGACUUCACUUGGCCCAAAAGCAGCAGUAAUUCCCCCUCCACAAGCACGGAGAGUCCACCCGGCACACCGAGUUCGCAAGCUUCGCAGCUAAAGGCCAGGUCCCCUCCAGAUUAUUCUGUCGCCCCGGCCCCGGCUCCAUCUGCAUCAAAGCCUCCGUCAUCUUCUAGGUCACAGAACCUCGUCACCACCACACCAGCAAGUGGCAGAAAAUCAUCCACGAAGGUGAUCACUGUGAAUUUGUCUCCCACUCCCCUUCCCACGUCAGAAACGACUUUAUAUACGACUGUUUCCGCUCUUUAG